CAGUGCCACACUGUCGCAGCGACGGAGAUCAGUGCCGCGUACCGUACGACUGUGUGUCCUACUGACUCGCGGCUAUCGGCCCACGUCGCGCGCGAACUUGUCGCGGCGCAGAAAUAAUCAGUUCAAGUUCAAGUCUCCCGGAGGUGGUCAGCAAUCAUAUAAAACUUUACGUGAAGGAGGCGCCGGCGAGUUCAAACUAAUCGACACGAAGACAACGAAGAACCCAUGCAUGAACGCCGACGGCUCUGUGUGAUCAGUCUGAAAUUAAAUUAUUGAGUGCUUUGUGAUAUUAGAAGUGUUCCAUGCCUCGCUGUAACUCAUACUGUGCUAAUAAAUGUGCCAAGUGAUGAGCAAGACGGCGGAUGAUUUGAUUUUUCACAAUUUUGAUUUUUCUAGGUCACAGUCGCAGCGCCAACGGCGAGCGCGCGUCACCUGACAGCGCGACGGCCGGCGUCCGCGGUGAUACUUUGAAUAUUGAUUAUUAUGAGGAGCCGGCACGCUGCCUAUUUUCUGUUAAUUCUGCUACUAAAUCCACAUAAUGGUGGACGAGCCGAUACAAACAAAAAUGAAGGCCUGGUUUUGGCGGUGACAGCGAGUGUGCCCGGAGAGAGUGCCAUCGACGCACCAGCUCUAGCGGAGCUGGCCGUCCUCAGGUUGCGAGCGGUGGGUGAGAAAGCGCGGGCCGUGCAACCACCGGCGGCCUGCUUGUCUCCGGGCACCUCUGAUAUUCGCGCUUGCCGCAACGCAAUAGUCGCCGAGUUAGCACGAGGCAGCUUGCACGUUGCUUUCCUGACCGUCCCGGCGGCUAACGCACCAGCGGCAUGGUUGCUGCACGAGGCCGGCCUCGACGAGUUGGGAGAUGUGGCGCCUCCAGUGCGUCGACUUUGCAUCGCGGCUCCACCGGCCCGCUCCUUGCUCGAUCUCUCCGAUUCGAACCUUGCGCAAAAUUAUUACGUUUCUCCUGCUGACCUCGCAGCCGCUCAGAACGAAACUCUCGUGACUAACAACAGCUCUUCAAUAAAGAGCCGCCAAGACGUUUUAAUUCCCGAGUGGUGUGUACCGAAUGAAAUUAAAUGCGCAACGUUGUUGAGCAGAGACGCGGGGGAAGCGCGCUUAUUGUUUGAUGUGAUACGCUUUUAUCGUCUAUAUGCGAGCGUUCGCCCGAUGGCAGCCCCAUUAACCGCCACGACGAGAGCACUCGGUACGCGUUCUUUAAUUUGUGAUUGGGAUCCUGAACGAAUCGAUCUCGGUGAAUACCCUCAUAACCUCAUGUCGUCACUCGGCCCUCCGCCUUGUGACGCUUACUCAGACGCCGACGAAUGUCCUUUUGAAAGUCGUCGUCUCGUGAAGCUGGUAAACGCCAGGGCGUUAUCUCGUUCUCGUGCAGCGCUACUGGCACUGUUACAACUGCGGUUAAACACAGGAGAGUUGCACGAACUGACUCAUUUAGCUCGCAAUACAGACCCUAAAAUGGCAGCAAAUCAAUUUCUUGUCACUCAUCCUGCCAAAAAUGUCAUCCGAGAAGUUCGGGUCGCUGUACUUUUACCGAAUACGACGCAUCGCGAAACCUAUGACGCGUCAUCACUUGCAGCUGCCGCAGCUCUCGCGGAAGCUGAUCUUGAAAAAAAUUGGUCGGGAUCAAUUCGAUUUAAGACGGAAACUUACGACGAUCACUGUGAUGCGACCCGCGCCGUUCAAUAUCUGUACGACGCCCCCGUUACGGGUGAGUACGACGGGCUGUCAGCCGUGGCCGGCCCCGCAUGCGGGUCCGCAUUCGCCGAUGUGGCGCGCCAAGGCCUCGAAUUUCGCUUACCUGCCAUCGCGUAUACACCACAAGCGCUCCCGACUGCUUCGUUGGCAUUACUGGCUGCUGGAGAUGCACGCAUGUACGCGUCCGUUUUUGGCUCAAUAUUUGCAAAACUUCGGUGGCGUCGCUUGGCCGCUCUCAGCGAACCUGCCACUCGAGCCUCCUUAGCUGCCGCUCGCCUUCAGGCUGACAUCGUGACCCAUCUCGAAUUACCAGACGAUCGACCGGACUACGAUCCUGAAAUAUUCACAAAGUGGGCGCAACGAGUGGUGGAGGUGAACGGGCGCGUGAUUUACCUGUGCGUGGAGGAUGCGCGUGCGGCGCGGGCGGCGCUGUGUGCGGGACACGCGGCCGGCCUCACGCCGCGCGCGGGGGCCGUGUGGCUGCUGCCUGCCGCGCUGACUCCCGACGCACUGACUCGGUCUGGGCGCACUGAUCGUUGUUCGCGGGAGCAGCUUCGAGAGAUGCUGGACGGGCACGUGAGCGUCGUACCUGAGUGGGCUUUACCGUGGCUAGACAAUUCUGAAAACAACAAGACCACUAUGAGCGAAGGCGAAGAUAGCGCCGGCGCAUGGCGCGCUAGGUGGCGCACGCAAUGUGGCUUCAUGGGCGGUGCGUGCGCACGCGUGGGCCCGGACGCCGCGCUGCUGUACGACAGUUUGCGACUGUGGGCUCUUGUGCUCGGUCGCCUGUUCACCGACCAACCCAAAGCACUCUAUAACCUACAUGAUCUCGGGCUCGUUAGAUCCUUGGUUUCAAAUGCAACGAAAAUUGAUUUUAAAGGACUAACAGGACAAUUUAAUUGGGUGGCGGCUGGCAAGGAUGACGACAAUGGUACCGCAUACGCACGUGCGGCGCCUCUCGUGGUGCUGCAGUGGGACGGCCGUGCCCGCCGCGAGGUCGGACGCUGGGAGCGCGACCGGCUCGAACUGCACGAAGACUUACUGAUCUGGCGGACGGCAGACGGCCGAAUACCAGACGAUGGCGGAGAACAAUGUGCAUUACAACCGAUAGCAAAUCUUUUUCGCUGCGACUGUCGCACAGCUUUCGUGAUUCUUGGAUCCUUAUUGUUAUUGUUAGCAGUUGCAGCAAUUAGCGCUAUAGCGUUCUAUUGCAAGAGGCGUGCAGAACGCAAGUACCGUUCCCGACUGGAGGCACUGGGACUACAUUCGAUGUUGCCCAAGACUAUCGGUCUCGACCGCUGGGAGAUACCUCGAGAACGCGUCGUCAUCAAUAGAAAACUCGGCAUGGGUGCCUUCGGAACGGUCUACGGUGGCUACGCUCUACUGACGGAAGAUCGCGGGUGGACCGCUGUCGCCGUGAAAACACUAAAGGCGGGCGCAAGUACGGAGGAGAAACUCGAUUUUCUGUCGGAGGCAGAAGCCAUGAAACGCUUCGAUCACAAGAAUGUGGUCCGGCUCCUUGCCGUGGUUACUAAGACCGAGCCCGUGUGCACUGUCAUGGAGUACAUGUUACACGGGGACCUCAAGAAUUACCUGCUGGCGCGGCGACACCUAGCGUGCGCGGGUGCAGCCGGCGAGGACGCGGAGGAGCAGGUAUCAGCGCGACGCCUGACGGGCAUGGCGUUGGACGUGGCGCGAGCGCUGUCGUACCUGGCGCAGCUGCGAUACGUGCACCGCGACGUGGCGGCGCGCAACUGCCUAGUCAGCGCGCGCCGAGUUGUCAAGCUGGCUGACUUUGGCAUGACUCGCUUAGUUUUCGAGAACGAUUACUACCGAUUUAGCCGAAAGGGUAUGCUUCCGGUGCGAUGGAUGGCUCCCGAGAGUCUCGCACUCGGGGUGUUCUCGCCCGCGUCCGACGUAUGGUCCUUCGGCGUGUUGCUGUACGAAAUAGUAACGUUCGGAUCCUUACCUUUUCAAGGCCUCAGCAACAGCGAAGUACUCACGAGAGUGAAAGGAGGCCAGACCCUUGAAUUACCGAUCGGACUGAAGCCCCAACUCGAGGGCCUGAUCAAGUCCUGCUGGCAGCACGACUACAAGGCGCGACCGACGGCGUCCGAGGUGGCCGCCUUCCUGGCGGACGCACCGCGGCUGCUGGCGCCGUGCCUGGACGUGCCGCUCGACACGCUCUCGCUGGACGGAGAGCCCCCCUGGCGCGUGCCGCGGGAGCGCGCCGAGGCUCGCUGGGUGUCAUGGGCGGCACCCGCUUCGCAGGCCACCGACACCACGUACCUGAGCGCUGACAUGCCCCGCGAGACGGACCGGUUUUUGACGUGACACUGCUCGUGCAGGGACAAUUAAAUGGCUGGUCGCACCUCGAAUAUCUUAUCAUUCCGAUAUUUUCUAGUCAAUUGUAUGUAAUAGAUAUUAUCUUAUGUAAGUUAUUAUAAUUUAUUAUGAAAAAAUAGAAUAUAAUAUUUAUUUAUACGUAUGUGUGUGUGUAAACGUGGAUAAGGAUAUUUCCAUUUUGAAUGAAGCGUUUGUUGUCCACCCAGAGUGAUCGGCCGCAAUAACGUAUGGUGUAAUUAUAUGUAAAGGAAUUAUUUUAUAAU